CAGCUGAGUUUGCUUAGUUGUCGACAAUUCUCGGGACGGGCGGGUCGAAAAAACGACACUCCAUCACGUGAGAGCAAUGGUUUCAUUAACAAAAGAGUAAAAGAGUAAUAAAAGUGUUACUUAUCGAGUGUAUUCCAAUCAUCUCAACGCUUACAAUUGGAUAUCCGUCAACUUAAACACUGGAACACAGAUUUAUUUGAAGAAAAUUAAUUAAACCAGCCUAAAGAUGACGGAAUAUUGGUUAAUAUCAGCUCCUGGUGAUAAAACAUGCCAACAAACAUGGGAAACAAUGAAUAAUUUGACGUCAAAACAACAAUCAUUGUCGUCUAAUUACAAAUUUCAUAUUCCUGAUCUAAAAGUUGGCACGCUAGAUCAAUUGGUAGGCUUGUCUGAUGAUCUGGGAAAGCUCGAUACAUUUGUCGAGCAGGUAACAAGAAAGGUUGCUGCUUAUUUGGGUGAAGUUUUGGAGGAUCAGAGGGAUAAACUUCAUGAAAAUCUUCAGGCAAAUAAUAGUCAAACAUCAAUGGAUGAUGAUACAACGAGCCCAGAAGGGUUGGAAGGGGGUCCGGACACCCCACCAAACACACCAGUAUCUCCAUCACAAAAGUCAACAUCAAAGGAUCAUCACAGGCCUUGGAAGGACUCGGAUCAAGAACCGACACUCACCUUAGGUCAGCAUCAUCAGCGUCAUCAACACCAAAACCAUCAUAGCCAUUGUUCCCAUCAUCAUGAGAACAAAGUCCAUCAUCCAAAUAGCGACAAAAAGUCAUACGCAUCCCAGGGUACCAAUGAAGCCCGAACGCCAAAUGAAUCUUCAAUUUAUUCGUGCUACCAAGUCCAUUGGUGUGCUACUUCCGCUUCUUCAUCACCAUCACCUUCCCCUAUACCAUCAAGUCCAUGUCCUUCCUACUCGUCAGACUGCAGCAGCGAUGCCUGUGAGCCAUCUAGAAGACGCGUGAGACGUCGUAAAAAAAGCAAAAAAUUACACCGAAAAGUAUCUACAAGUUCCAAAUCAUGUACGGACGACUACGAUCCAGAUGACGAUGAUGUUGCUGAGCAAAUUGAUGAAGAUGAAGAUGAUGACAUUAGUGGAAAUCUGCCUAAUCCAGGUGAUUUACCAACGUAUAUAACACGUUUUCAAUGGGACAUGGCUAAAUAUCCAAUAAAACAAUCGCUUAGAAAUAUUGCUGAUAUAAUCAGUAAACAAGUUGGUCAGAUUGAUACUGAUUUGAAGACUAAAUCCACUACGUAUAAUAAUUUAAAAGGGAGUCUUCAGAAUCUCGAGAAAAAACAGACAGGGAGUUUAUUAACACGUAAUCUUGCCGAUUUAGUGAGGAAAGAACACUUUAUUUUAGACAGUGAAUAUUUAUCAACUCUUCUGGUGAUUGUUCCUAAAUCAAGUUUUCACGAAUGGCAUGCAUAUUAUGAAAAAUUAACAGAUAUGAUUGUCCCACGAAGCACUCAAUUAAUAACUCAAGAUGCUGAAUAUGGAUUAUUUACUGUAACAUUAUUUAAAAAAGUUAUUGAAGAAUUUAAAUUACAUGCACGUGAGAAGAAGUUUAUUGUACGUGAUUUUACCUAUAAUGAAGAGGAAUUAGCUGCUGGUAAAAAUGAAAUUACCAAACUCGUCACAGAUAAGAAGAAACAAUUUGGUCCACUUGUUCGUUGGCUCAAAGUCAACUUUAGCGAAUGUUUUUGCGCUUGGAUUCAUGUCAAAGCUCUUCGAGUAUUUGUGGAAUCUGUUUUAAGAUACGGAUUGCCGGUUAAUUUUCAAGCUAUUUUAUUACAUCCGCAUAAAAAAUGUACGAAACGGUUGCGGGACGUUUUGAAUCAACUUUAUGCUCAUCUAGACUCAUCUGCAGCAUCAGGUGGUCAUUCAGGAAAUCAAGAUAGCGUUGAUAUUCCUGGUCUAGGAUUUGGUCAAAAUGAAUACUUUCCAUACGUUUAUUAUAAAAUAAAUGUUGAUAUGGUUGACAAUAAGGUGUAAAAGACAUAAAAAAAUGUUCAAAAUUAAGUUAAAUAAUACAAAACAACAAUUUAAUCAUGGAAAAUCGCACAAUUAACAAAUUGGUUAAUUGAUAAAUGGUCAUUAAUUAUCAUUAAUUACUGUUGAAUAAUAAUAUUCUGUGUUUAGAUCAAAACUAUCUCAUUUUUAUUGACAAAUUUAACAUUAAUGUAUUAAUUUAAUAACGUUGUACAUCAAUGAUAUGAAAAAAAAUUCAUCGAAAAAAGAGAUAGAAAUUUCUUGAAAUAAUAAUAUACUUUUCAGUGAUUGAUGUAAAUACAGAAAACAAUGAGAACGUUUGUUUUUUACGUCGGUUUGUUUUCUUCUGUAAAUAUUUUUGCGAGAAUUUAAAUAGAAC